ACAACCUGUUGAUCGAUUACCAGUUUACCUUCAGCUUGCUUCAGGAGGAUGACCGCCACUACACCAGCAUCAACUUCAUGGCUACACCUGAGCAGGCCAACAAGAACCUCGACAUGUCCAUCAACGCCUCGAACAACUUCAACCUCAACAUCACUUGGUCUUUGAGCUCAACAGCUGGCACCAUCUCGGGGGAAGAGAUGCCGAUCAUAGCGAAGACCAACAUCAAGGAGCACCGGGACAGUUUCUCCUGUGAAAAGUUCAACUUCAGACUCCACCACAACAUCACCUUCUACGUCUACGUGUCCAACUUCAGCUGGCCAAUCAAGAUCCAG